AUGUUUAACGGUUGGGAACAGGCAAUCUGCUUGUGUCUCCCCGUCCUGCCUGGUGAGAUGAGCAUAGCAGGCGGGGUGGGGCAGGGCAUGGAGGGGAUGGAGGCGGAGUCUCAGGGGGGGCCGCAGGUCUCCAGUACGGUGACUCUGCAGCCGCCCGUGAACCUGGUCACCCCAGCGACCCCCGCGAUCUCUGCGAUCCCCGCGACCCCAGGGACCCCCGGCGUCCGCCACAAGCGGCUGAUGUGGCGGAACGCCGUCAAGCAUGUCAUCGUCCAGCGGGAGAUGAGCCAGCCGGCAGGGGCGGGGCCGGGGGCAGAGCCAGGACCGCGCAUCCUCGUCACCGACGCCUACAUCGAGGACAUCAACCGGCAGAUCCGCAGCAAGGCGUCACGCGGCGGCGGGCUGCACAAGCGCAGGUCCUCGGCCUCCCGCGUGCACCCCGGCCGCGAGCGCGUCUCCACCAGCACGCAGAAGAGCAGCGACUCUCUCAGCGACGCAGACUUCUUCGUCAGCUGGGGCUCCAGCGUCUGCGGCGUCUUCCUGCCCACGCUACACCACACCUUCAAAUCGCCGGACCUGGAGCAGCUGUACCAGCACUUCUCCUCCCGCCAGCGCCGCACCUCUCUGGUGGUCACCAACGUCAUCGACAUCGUCACCAAGCUGCACGCGCUCUUUGUGUACCUGGCGCUGUCGCCGGAGCUGGCGGGCGGGGCGCGGGGCUGGGUGGCGGGGCUCCUCAUCGCCCUGGCCGCCGCGCUCUGCGUGCUGGUGCUCACCUGCAGGGCGGCCGUGUCCCCGCAGGUGCUGCGCUAUGCCGGCCUCACCAGCUGGCUGUCGCAGACCGUGCAGGUGCUGAGCGGCCUGGCCUUCGGGCUGGAGCGGGACCAGUCCUGGUCCGUCCUUUUCACCCUGUUCGCCACCUACACCCUGCUCCCGCUGCCGCUGCUCUGGGCCAUCUGCACCGGCUCCCUCACCUCCGCACUGCACCUCCUGGUGGAGACUGUGCACAACUACAACGACGUGGCGCUGCUCAGAAAGGUGCUGGCCAAGGCCCUGCUGUACGGAGGCAUGAACAUGGCAGGGCUGUUUAUCCACUACCUGUCAGACCGCGCCCAGAGACAGGCCUUCUUAGAGACGCGCCGUUGCAUCGAGGGUCGGGUGAAGCUGGAGCGGGAGAACCAGAGACAGGAGCGGCUGGUCAUGUCCAUCCUGCCGCGCUUCGUUGCGCUGGAGAUGAUCGCAGACAUGAGCGCUGUGGAAGACGAGCAGCUGCCCCAGCAGUUCCACAAAAUCUACAUCCACCAGUACAAAGAUGUCAGCAUCCUGUUUGCUGAUAUCAGGGGCUUCACCGCGCUGUCCCUGACCCUGUCUGCCCAGGAGCUGGUCCGCAUGCUGAACGAGCUGUUCGGCCGCUUCGACCGCCUGGCCGAGGAGCACCACUGCAUGCGCAUUAAGAUCCUGGGAGACUGUUAUUACUGCGUGUCGGGAAUGCCCGAACCCCAGCGCGCACACGCCCGCUGCUGCGUGGAGAUGGGGCUGGCCAUGAUCAGCACCAUACGGUACGUGCGGCAGCAGCUGGACCACGAUGUGGAUAUGCGCAUCGGGAUCCACUCAGGCUCGGUUCUGUGCGGCGUUCUGGGCCUCCAGAAGUGGCAGUUCGAUGUGUGGUCCUGGGACGUGGACGUCGCUAACAUGCUAGAGGCCGGGGGCAUCCCAGGCCGUAUCCACAUAUCGCGGGCCACCCUGGACUGCCUGGAGGGGCACUACGAGACGGAGGAAGGGCGUGGUCAUGAGCGCAACAAGUUUCUGCAGAAGCACAAAAUCGACACCUUCCUUAUCUGCCAAACAGCCCUUCCCCUGGACACUGUGGAGCCACCCAAAGCCCGGCGCCCCAGCCGGGAGGAGAACUGGCACCCUGAGCUCCCCUUCGGCAACAUCAUCGGCAUGAACUGUAUCUUGGCCACGUUCACCAACGGCUCAUUGGCUCAGCUGCCCAAUCAGCUGGCGGCGCAGCGGGCGGGAACCAGAGAGGUAAACCGGCGCAUAGAGACCGCCAUUGAGGUGCGCAGCAGUGAGCGGAUGAGGAGGGAGCACAUCACCCCCUGCACCCUCGUCUUCAAGGACGCGCACAUCGAGGACAAGUUCUCCCAGAUGAGAGACGAGAUGUUCAAGUCCACCAUGGUUUGCUCCUUCAUCAUGCUCCUCUUCCUCAUGGCUGUGCAGGCCCUCAUCCCAGCUCCACAGGUCCGGCCCAUGACGCUGCAGUUCUCCCUCUUCCUGCUGGGCUAUGCUCUCCUGCUGGUGGUGACUCUGGCUGAGGAGUUUAAGUGCUCUCCCAGCUUCCUGCUGCAGCUGUGCUGCUGGAUCCACGAGACCAAGAGUGUCCGCAGCCUGCUGACGCUCGCCGCCAUCGGCCUCAACGUGGGCGUGGCCUCGUCUGACAUUUUGUGGUGUGACACCGCGGCAGCAGAGGCAGAGGGCGUGGCCAGCGGGAGCGGUCCGCACACACUCAGUCAGGGCCCGGUCAGCAUAUGCUCCCAGCCCGAGUUCUUCGUCCUGAGCGGGGUGCUUGCCAUGGUGACGUGCGCAGUGUUUUUGCGGCUGAGCUGCAGUCUGAAGCUGGUGGUGCUGCUGCUGGUCAUUGCUCUGUACGCCUACCUGAUGGAGGUGGCCUUCCACGCGCUCCUCCUGCCACACCAGGAGCAGCCGAGCCAGGCGGGCAGGUCCCUUUUUCUCAGGAGGAAGGGCAUCUCUGUGCUGCUCAUGGCCAUGUUCCUGGCUGCCGUCUUCUACAACAGUCGCCAUCUGGAGGCGACGGCGAGGCUGGACUUCCUGUGGCGUCUGCAGGCCCGACAGGAAGUGGAGGACAUGAAGGAGCUGCGCGAGCAUAAUGAGUGUCUGCUGCACAACAUCCUGCCGGCCCACGUGGCACAGCACUUCCUGGAGAGGGACCGGACCGACGAGGACCUGUACUCCCAGUCCUAUGAGAAGGUGGGCGUGCUGUUUGCCUCAAUCCCAGGAUUCUCAGACUACUACGAGCAGAAGGAGAUCAGCCACCAGGACGUGGAGUGCCUUCGGCUGCUGAACGAGAUCAUCGCCGACUUCGAUGAGCUGCUGGAUGAGCCCUACUUUGAGGACAUUGAAAAAAUUAAAACUAUUGGCAGCUGUUACAUGGCCGCUUCUGGUCUGUCUCCAAAUAAACAGGACUGUUUGGAUGAGUGGCACCACCUGAGUGAGCUCGUCCUCUUUGCUCUGGCCAUGCAAGAGACCCUGAAAGAAAUCAACAAGCGCAACUCCAACAGCUUCCAGCUGCGCAUCGGGAUCUCCCACGGGCCGGUGGUUGCCGGGGUGAUCGGGGCCACCAAGCCGCAGUAUGAUAUCUGGGGGAUGACGGUGAACCUGGCCAGCCGCAUGGACAGCACCGGGGUCAGCGGCCGCAUCCAGGUUCCCGAGGCGACGGGACGGAUCCUGGCGGGACACGGCUUCCUGCUGGAGCUGCGGGGGGACGUCUUCGUGAAGGGGGUGAGCGAGCAGCAGGGAGGGGUACGCACCUUCUUCGUCAGCAGCAGGGGGCAGGCUUCCGGCCACGCAGAGAGGACCUCUGCCCGCGCGGCGUUUGCCGGGCGAAACACGCUGGCGGCCGUGGUGUUUGGCCUGGUGCAGGCGCGCAAGCGGGAGAAAGAGCGGGAGAACUACGGCGGCUUCCUCCUGUCCGAGCCCGCCGCGCAGUGCUGA